UGUAGUCAUAACACCUUUAAGUUGAAAGUGAAAAUUUGCUGACAUGUUAAGGAGGUAAGCAAUUUGGCAAGCAGAAGUCCUUGAUGAUGAAAUAGAUGUCCAGAUGUCUAUUUCCUCGAUAGUCCGGCGAACUUAAGAGCAAAUGUCUCAGACGGAGAAAAUGCAUAAAACGAAGCAAAAACCUGAUGCAGCAACAGAAAGACCAACAACAACCUCCUAUUGAACAUUCAGACUUUUUGGACCAAAACAAAGAGCUUAGCUAAGAGGAUGACCAAUACGGACAAAAGAAACAAAGAUGUUCAAGAAAACAAACAAAACCCCUGGAGCAUUUUUACUGAGAAGACAAUGAGCGCCACAGGGCAGAGGUGUGCUAGUUAGCCUCUGCUAACCAGAAAGCAGGAAGCCAUUUUUGAGACGAGGAACCUGACUUGGCAAACAUUGCGAGGACACAGAACGGCGUGGGGCACAAAGUUUCGUAGCACAAGGAAGAACAUCAAGGUUAGAGUGUCGCUCUCUCACCUCUUUCCUCCCAUACAGAGAAGUCAGCUGGUGCAUCAGUAUCCAGCUCAUCCAGCGUCCGCUUCCUCCUCCUCCCCCGACUCAGCUGAUACUUCUCCUGCCUCCGCCGCAUCUUUUCUCUCCUCCUUCUCCUCCUCACUCACCAUGGUGAACAGAUAACCAGUUGGCCGCUGCUUGUCAGACCAUGGGUGCCUGCCUCUGCAAAGGUCACAAAGAACUCCACCUACCAUCAUCAUCGCUGCACCAGACUGAGGAAGGCCAGUCGGCUCCCAUCAAGGAUGGUCAGAAUCCUUCCAACGGCACAGUGGCAGAUAAAUCCAGUCGCUAUGACAUUGCAGAGCUGGCUACAUCCUCUCUGAUAGGCCUGGUGGCCACGAUAAAGGAGCACAUCACCAAGCCCACAGCGAUGGCCCAAGGGCGAGUCGCUCACCUGAUCGAGUGGAAAGGUUGGGGUGGAUGCGGCGAGGGUGGAGGAAACAGGGCCGGGUGGAGCGGAGGCUGGAGCAAAGGAGGCGGCGGAUGGGGGGCCAUGGGGACGGAGCUGCAGGAGGAUGAGCAGUUUUACUCCCAAAUGACAGAUGAAAUCAAGGAGGCCCGAUUUGCUGCAGGCGUGGCGGAACAGUUCGCCCUGGCCGAGGCGGCGAUGAGCAUGUGGUCCAUGAGCGACAACGUGGAGCAGCCGUCCACCAGCUCACAAGCGGCAGAGCGCCACUUCCUGUGCAAGUAUUUGCUGGACGGAGGAAGCGUCGGCGUGCCCCAGCACCUGUACAGCAUUCACACCCAGACUUACGGCGACAGCGAUGCAACCAGCCUGUUUCGCCCACCGCUGGCCAACUCGACGCUUCCCCCAGCUCUCGGCGCUCAGCGGGACGCCGAUCGUCCCUUUGAGGACAGGAGCGUGGCGAUGGCGGAAGCCGCCGUCCGCCACGUCGACAGCAGCUCUCUGUCUGAGGACGACGUUUUUUACAACUAGGCUUGGAAACAAAAGACGCUGGUCACCACAGUGGAAACAAACAUCCAUGAGAUUCAGUGAGGUCUCGAGCCUCGUCCACCAGCAAUGAUUGUUCUGCAAGACAUUUCUAGAAGCGAAACUCUUCGAAAUGCAUCAAAGGGAAGGAUUUAAAGGCCUGACUAUAAAUACUAUUUUUUACAUAACUGAGGGUAGGCCUAUUCUUCGUGUGAAUGUACAGUUCAAAUGUGACAUUUUAGUUUUUUAUUCUAUGUAGAAAACAACUGGAGCUGAGCUGUAAAGAGUCGGUGUAAAUAUGUUGUUAUAAAGCGUUGGUUUUAACAUAUAUGGGACAAAUAUGGCUGCCUGGUUUUGUUGGUCAUUUUAUUUCUCCUGAGUUCAGUUAAAUUCGGUUCAUUUCUACAGUGCCAAUUCACAACAAAUGUCACUACAAAAACAUUUAAAGAAUCACUUUAAUCACACACAGAUUCCCAUCCCAGUUAUCAAAAAUUACAUUAUCUAAGAAAAUCCAACAAAUUUCAUCGAGUCAUUGACUUUACAGCAAUCCCUGACAAUGAAGCAACAAUGGAGAGGAAAAUUCCCCUUUAACAGGAAGAAACCUCUAGCAGAACCAGAACUACUGCGGCUUAGAAAAGACGGAGAAGAGAAGCACGAGAAACAGGUGAACUUAUGUAGGAUUAUUUUCAAUGUUCAUGAAAGAAUAAAGAUAAUAUAGCAGGGCAGGGAAAACAAUGAGUUCAGUCCUCACAGUUGAAGGACUAAAGAGCUGACCUUGAAUAAGUGAGAAUAACAGAAAAAAGAAAACUCUGUCCUCUAAGAUUUCUCAACUGAAAAAAAGUCCUCCAUCCAAUUAUCUGUCUGAGUCAGAAACAUGAUUAGCUAUAAUUCACACUUUUCCUUCUGAAAGCCCCAGGUGCAGCGAGGAGAAACGCCAAGGUUUAGGAAACACAGCGAGGGAAAAGAGCCGCUCACGCAUCAUUGGUGUGUGUUUCUGUACGAACGUCAGCAACCUGUGCUUGUUACAGAGAGUCAGACAGAAAGAGAAAGAGAGGGGUACGCUGAAAGGAGCGGUUGGUGCGACCUGUCAUCGCAAUCUUUCAAGGGACGUCUUUACAAAAUGACGCUGUGCUUCCAUCGUGGCUGCUUCCCCCCUGUUGUUAGAGGAGAUCAGACGGUAGAUGCACUUGAACAAAUGGUUUCCAGUGACUCACCGCAGCCCCUCAGCAAAGUACAGAAGUAAUGAUGGUCUAUUUCCCCUCUGCAUCACAACAUGUGGGGUUAUUUAGGAAGCAGACAUGACACUGAGAGGCAAAGGAAAUAUGUGCAUAAAAAUAUUUCAGGAAAACAUUGUGAAAACGUUUUAAAUGAUCUUUAGCAUUUUUUUUUUAAAUUCAGAUGAGAACUUUUCCUGAAAUCUUUAAAAUAGUCUUGAUCCACAACUUUUCCAGGCAUCUUGAGGGUUUUCAAGCUUUUCCACAGACUCGUCUGCAGACUGCGUGAACGUCGCUGGAUCGGUUCAGAGUUGGAAAAGCUCAUGUUAUCGUGAAGGCAAUUCUGACACCGCUAUGUUACCUCGCAAACUGAAACAUCUCGAAAAUGAUAUGAGGUCUCUGCACCCUCACAGCUACAUUCAGCCAAAUAAACAGAGGAACAGUCCACAGCAGAGCAUACCUCUAUUAUGUUACAACCAAGUCCUUCAGUGCAUUUCAA